AUGAGUCCUCUAUCCCGCCGCUCGUCCAGCUCGACAGACGAGAAAGACCCCGACGGUCCUUCAGACGCUCCUCCGCCCGGACUCCCACCGCCCGCCUAUCCAGCAUAUCCCCACGAUAAACCCCCAUCCUCUUCCCAAGAGACAGAUCAUCUAACCUUCCAGCCACAGCCGGCCGCGCCUCAGGCGGGAUUCGGGACCCGGAGCCCGUCUCAGCGGUCAGUGUACGCUGCGCUUCUUUUGUGCAGCUGGGACAAGAUCCGGAUUGUCGGUUUCCCGAGUAGUAUCAUUGCCCCGGUCGAUGCCGCGAUCAAGCGAUCAUGGUCACGGGGGGUGCAGCAGCAAAAGGCGUAUGAUCAGGUUUCAUGGGAGUGGAAGUUGUGCGGCAAGCCAUGGUUCGGGCAAGGUUCCGAAGCAGUCCCUUCUCGUCAGCUCAUCGCUUGCGUCCUCCACGCCCUCCUUGAGAAUGGGUGGCGUUUAACCCUCUCGACCGACCUCUGCCAGAAGAGCACCGGCAAGGACACCCUAAUCUUCAAGUCGGUCCCGCCGGUACAGCGCACUAUCUUCCCCAUCAGCUUUAACGACAGCGACAAGAUCCGAUUGAUCGAUUCGCCGCAUGACGGAGUCAAGCAGGCGUUCGAUACGGCAAUACGGGGUGCGUGGCCUUUAGGUAUCCAGGACGCCAAAGACAAGGAGGACGGGGCGUAUCAGAUCAAGUUGAAGGGAAAUCCCUGGUGGACGUUCAGCGGCGAGCAGAUGAAUCACUCUCGCCUGUUGGCGUGCUCGCUAUUGUCAGCGAUGGAGGCGCAGGGGUUUGAGCUGCUGGGGAGCGUGGAUAUGUCGACGGCUCGAGCGGAAGAACGGAGCGAGCUGGAUACUUGGGUUUUCAUCAGCAAGACCUAA